GUCAUUACCAAUGCUGAUGAAUGUGCAUCUUAAUGAUCUCCCAUGGUUGGAAUCCCUGUGGAGUUCAAGCUGCCCUCAUUGAAUAUGGUGAUGUGCUGCUCUUGGCCUGCUUGCCCUUUGUACUUUAUGGCAUUAAAACAGUUUAUGAUGAAGUGGUAAUAUGGAGCAAACGGCAAGCUUUUUGCAACUUUCCUCUGUUUAACUUACCUGUUCUUGAAAUCCUCGCACAUCUUUCAAUAUUCUGAAUCUUAAUUAUUCUGACAAAGAUCUGUGACGCAAACAAAUGCAAAAGAGGUUCAAAUGCUACAGUAGGCAUACAGGCUUCCUCUAGUGGACUCCGUUUACAAAGAUUUUGAACAUGCUGUCAGAUUCUCUUCAUUAGUCCUAAAGACAGAUGUUGUUGUGCAGCAACUGAACCAGUGGCAGGAUUUAUUUUGCAUCACCAUAUAGCGUCUGUGGAGAAGCUCUCCCUGACCACCACAGGCUGCCCUCUGGUCAUCCAGUGUCGCAACUUUAGGGUGGUUCAUUUUGUGGUACAGAGAGAGAGAGAUUGCCACGACAUUUACAGCUCGCUGCUGCGUCUUCUACGGCCUGUAUCCUAUGAGGAGGUCUAUGCGUUCUCAUACAACCCCAAACAGAACGACCAACAGAGGGAGGAAGGAUGGCAAAUCAUCGACCUCGGGGCGGAGUUUGAGAGAAUGGGUGUCCCCUGCGACCAAUGGCAGCUCACGAACGUCAACAUAGACUACAAGGUGUGUGAGACAUAUCCACGGGACCUGUAUGUUCCCAUAACCGCCAGUAAGCCUAUCAUUGUAGGGAGUUCCAAGUUCAGAAGCAAAGGACGCUUUCCUGUACUCACAUACUUCUACCAAGAAAAGAAGGCGGCAGUGUGUCGAUGCAGUCAGCCUCUCUCUGGGUUCAGUGCUCGAUGCUUGGAGGACGAGAGCAUGCUGCAGGCCAUCAGCAAAGCCAAUCACAACAGCCGAUUUGUCUACGUCAUGGACACCAGGCCAAAGUUGAAUGCGCUAGCUAACCGAGCAGCAGGUAAAGGCUAUGAGAACGAGGACAACUACUCCAACAUCCGCUUCCAGUUUGUUGGCAUUGAAAACAUCCAUGUAAUGAGGACCAGCCUACAGAAAUUGCUAGAAGUGAUUGGGACUCGGUCUCUCUCCAUGAGUGACUUCCUGGUUGGCCUGGAGAGUAGUGGCUGGCUGCGGCACAUCAAGGCUGUUGUAGACGCAGCUAUCUUUCUCGCCAAGGCGGUGACAGUGGAAGGGGCCAGUGUGUUGGUUCACUGUUCAGACGGAUGGGACAGAACAGCCCAGGUCUGCUCACUGGGGGCGCUGCUUAUGGACCCUUACUACCGCACCAUCAAGGGCUUCAUGGUACUGAUAGAGAAAGACUGGAUCUCCUUUGGUCACAAGUUUGCAGACAGGUGUGACCAGUUGGAUGGGGAUCCAAAGGAGGUGUCUCCUAUCUUCACUCAGUUCCUGGAGUGUGUCUGGCAGCUGACAGAGCAGUUCCCACAGGCAUUUGAGUUCAGCGAGUGGUUCCUGCUGCAGAUUCAUGAACACGUCCACUCCUGUCAAUAUGGGAACUUCCUUGGCAACAACCAGAGACAAAGAGAGGACUUGCGGCUGAGAGAGCGGACACACUCACUGUGGGCAUUUCUAAUGAGCGAAAAACAGAACUACUUGAAUCCGUUCUACAGCCCUGCCUACUCUGAAGCGCACCCUGUGCUGGAGCCUUCCACUCUGCCCUACCAUUUCAAGUUCUGGAGGAACAUGUACCACCAGUUUGACCGGUCUAUGCACCCUCGUCAGUCUAUCCUCAAAACCGUUCUGACUAUGAGAGAGAACAACCGCAAGGCAGAGAGCACUUUGCAAGCUCUGGAGAAGCGGCUCCACCAGCUCGGUGUGAUUCCCAUUGUGACCUCCGACCCCCCUGCACCUCCUCCCACCAGAGAUCAGCGCUCCAACUCCAACACCCUCCCGCCACGUCCCAAUUCCCUCAUCCUGGGGGCGCCGAUCAACCACAAAGAAGUGCAGCGACAGGAGGAGGACGACGACGACGACGAGCAGGAGGAGGUGGGCGAGGAGGCCACGGAGAGCACGGACACGGAGCGGACGGUGGAGGGCAGCAGCGGCACCGAGAGCAGGAAGCAGAGCUACGGAGAGCUGGAAGGGACAUACAACAGCGAGUCGGCCAAAGAGGAGCCAGCUGUUGUCAGCCUGGAGUUUGGAGUAGCACGCAUGACCUGCUGAGACCAAACACGGGGAUUGUGGGAUAGCGAGGGACAGGCGCGAUUGAGUGAUAGGGCUUACUGCGUGUCGAGGGGAAGCUGUGGUUCUGUAUGUGAUAAGGUUGCUGAUUACGCAAUGGUCCUGAAUGGGCCGAGUGAAUGAAGUUGUAUGUGUGUAUGGUCUACAUCUCAAUGGAAAGCGUCAUUAAUAUGUCAUAUACUGCACCUAUAGAAAAAAAGCUUGUUUUUUUUAUGAAUGUUGAAAAGCUCUAUAGAAAAUUAAUGAAUAGAAUAAGAGAAUAAAUUCAUCCAAAAUUA